AUGGAGGAAAAAACUGUUAAUGUCACUGACGCCCAAACUGGGGCUUCAGCUGAAGUUAACAUUAAAGAUACGUCCAGUGUAGUGGUAGUUGAUAUAAAAGUAGAAAAUGAGAUACUAAAAGAAGAAACUCAAAAUGAAAGUGGUGUUAUAGUUGAAGUGUUUGAAGACAAAGACUCAGUUUCUAAAGAGAACUCUUUCAUUGAGAAUGGUUUGUGUGAAACAAUAGACGAUGCACGAUCGUUAGGUGACCUAGAUAGUUUAGCGGCAGGGGACGAAUUAGUGCUUGGGGCAGCGGGCAGUGACAGCGGAGUAGAAGGAUGCGGCCGAGCGUUGAGCAGUGGCGGAGGCUCUCGGUCUUGUGCAUCAAGUGUAGUUUCCUGCGGCUCAGGUUGUGGUUCAGAGAGUUCUUCGGUCGCAGGGGCACCUCCAAGACCAAGAAAACGUGUCAAUGUAACAGUCUCAGAGCCAAAGAGAAGUUCCCCGAUUACAUCUACCCCUCGCCCGACAACGGCUCCUAGAGGACCAAAUCUAGCCACUCGUGACCGUGCCCGAAGCAGAGAGAAGCCUAUACCACCCGAGAAACCUCGGCCGUUGACUCCAAAGCCUAAAAUUAGACCGACUACAGAUCUUCCUAAUCUUGUCAGAGAGAGCCCCGCAUUACGUGCCAAACAAACCAAAACUUCCGCCGCUAGAUGUAGAACGCCAAAUUCACCUCAGACUGAAGAAAAGAAAUGGCCAACCAAUGGCCAGAGGCUGACCACUGAUGCAGGAGCCACUCGUGUGGCGGCUGAUAAAUAUGGAACCUUGCCGAGAAGGAGAAGGGACGAUCAAGAGAUGUCGCCGAAACAUGACAGUAGCCCACCCUUAUCUAGACGUCCCACUGUCACGCGUUCAGCGUCCUCGAGAACAGCUACAAAGACGCGAGUAAAAAUUUACGCUGAAAAAACAUCGCAAACUGUUUUGUUGGGUUCUGAUAUUGAAUCCGCUUUUGGUGGCGUCGUUCCCAAUAUUGAAAGUAGAAUAGAAGUGAAUCGUUGUCAUCGUGGAGUGCAAGCAAGUGCAAGAGACACCGAGACACCACGACUUGCAGCAGCCAAGGCUGCAGCAGAGGCCGCUGCUGCCGAGGAAAGAGAGCGCAGGUUACACGCAGAAGCCCAGUUGGCUGCCGAACGGACUGCAAGAUUGGCUGCCAUCGCAGAGCUAGAAAGAAAUUCGCUGCGGCUUUUGGAACUGGCUGGCGCAGGCGCUGGCGCAGGUGCGGAUGGCUGUCUACGAGCAUUGGAAGAGCAAUUACGAUCCGCAGAAGACCUAGCAACUCGGCAGCGAGCAGAAAACGACUCGUUGAGAGACCACUGUGACAAGUUACAUGCAGACGCGUGCAAGGCCCGUGAAAGGUCACGCGUCUUCGAAGCGCGUUUAACAGAAGCAGAGCGUGAAGCGGCAGAAAUGCAGGACUUCUUGGCCGCUGAGACUGGAGCUCUUGGGGACUCGCUACUUGAUGCUGAGAAUGAAAUUGCCAGGCUCAACGCUGACCUUGAGAGAAGACGUGGUGAAUGCCGUCAAUUAGUGCGAAUGUGCGAACAACGUCGUCAAGAGGCUUUGGCCGCGUCCGCUCGCGCUCGUUUCGCAACGGGCGCAAGUGUGGGUGGUGCUCACGCCAGCGCGCACGCACUCGACGCACUCGCACGUAAACUACGCACGUUGACUGAUGCAGUGCGAGCGGCUUAUGCGUUGCCACAUCAUGCUAUACAGCCAACUGUUUUUCACAAUGAUGCGUACAGUCGUAGCGACAGUGGCGAUACACUGUCCCCAGAAGAGGAAUCCAGGGGUGGUCUCCUAGGAGCAGUGGUACGUGCACUGCGUACGGCAGCGGCGAGCGCGCCCGUACUUACGCACGCUGAUGAUGAUCGCUCAAGGAUAUCCGAUGAUAAUGAUUCAGCUGAAUUACUUGAUUCGGAAACAGAGCCCUGUUUGGUUACUGAUCCGGAAUGUGCGGAAGAGUGGUGGUCGGGCGCCUGGAGUGGUGAAGAAUUGUCUCCCGAACGAGAUUCUUUCGGGGACAUUGAUAAAGAUCCAGAAUCUAACUCCGGAUCUGAGCGCGAAUCGCUCCGGAAUCUAUCAGCGGCUAUUGCGCAAAGGCAGAGGACCGAAGCGGAAGCGGAAGAGGCGGCUCGGGGAUGUCUUUUGGACAAGGUGGUGUUAUUGGACCAGAGAUUGGCGGAACUGGUUCGAGCUCUCGCAUUGGCCGCCGCCGCAGCGAGGCAUAAGGACGCGCCCGCUGCUACGCUCGCUGAUACGCUCCGGGAGAAAUUGGAUUACAGACACUCCAUUGAAACGCUCAAAAAUCAGCUGGUCCAAUCCACUGAGGAGGACGACGUCGAAGUAAUUGAACGGGAACUGUCAUCCUGUGAGGAAACCGAACGCCGUCUCCGCUACGAAGCCGUAGAGGGCGCUCUGUCAAGUCUCUCAUCCUUGGGCUGGCCUCGACUUAUGCCUUUGCGAUUACGUCUCGAAAGAUUAGCUUUCGCACUCGCCGCUCCGCCGAGGCCGGCGCACGCGCAUAACACUUCGCCCCUAACCCCACAUCCCGCUGCCUGCACUUAA